AGAUAGCUGUUCUCCAGCCUUUCUGGAGGGAUGCAGAGCCUUUCCUUAGGACAAACAAGGUGAGAAAUGCAUGUAAAGAUCUCCAAACUUAGCUUGCUGUAUCAAAAGAAGACCAGCUGGAAUGUGGUAUUUUAGGGUCAGUGAUUAGUUAUUUCCAUUAACAGCCUUUUUAACAGGCCAGUUGUGGGGCAGAGGCGAACGUAAAUAUUUUUUUAGACAGCUCAUACUACAAGCAUAGAGAUUUUCAGUGUGUUUGUUAAGUUUGAACAUUAGCCCUUUGGAUAAUGGUUUCGGUUAAUUAAAAAGUCAAUUUGAGAAAUAGAUCGAAGUCAAUUUUUGAAUAGGUACCAUUUUUGAAAUUUGUACGUGAGGAAAGUUGCUAACUUUCUUGUAUUAGGCUAUUUAGAUGUUCAUUUACCCUGCUAGAUAUUAUGAGUAUUUUGAAUGGAGAUCCGUUGCUAAGAGUAAAGCAUCAUGGAGAAUUUUGAAGUGUGACUUUUUUGGUACUAGAAACCGAAAAAUAGAUAAAGAUAAUUUGUAUUUUCCAUUGUUUUUCACACCAAAGGCCAGUUUUACUUGUUUAAAUUUUUUCGUCUGACUGCAAAGUAACACAUAUUCAUUAAAUAAAGUCCCAGUAUUUCAGAAGUAGUACAUAGCCUCUAAUAAUCUUUCAGAAAUAACUGUCAUUCCACUUCCCCCCCUGUAUAUAUUAACGUCCCCCUCCCCGCCUUUAAUAUACAUGGCAUUAUCCAUACUGUUAAGCAGUUUGUCAUGUAGAAUAUCUGACAUCUUUUGAUUGCAGUAGAUCGGCCUUUAUUUUUGGCACCUUUGUAGUAUAUUGCAUAGAUGUACCACAAUUUAUUAAUUAUUCUAUUGGUGGCCAUUUGGGUUUCUUCUUCUUUGUUAUAGCAAAUAAUGUUAUGAUGGUCAUCCUUUUUCUUUCUUUCUUUUUCUUCUAUUUUCUUUUUUUUCAUGAGACAGAUUCUUGCUCUGUCGCCCAGACUGGAGUGCAGUGGUGCAAUCUCAGCUCACUACAACCUCCGCCUCCCAGGUUUAAGCAGUUAUUGUGCCUUAGCCACCUGAGUAGCUGGGAUUAGAGACAUAUAUCACCAUGCCUGGCUAAUUUUAGUAUUUUUAGUAGAGAUGGGGUUUCGUGAUGUUGGCCAGGCUGAUCUCAAACUCCUGGCCAACAUCUCAAAGUGGUGAGAUUAUAGGUGUGAAGCCACUGUGCUUGGCCUAGUCAUCCUUUUUCAUAACAAACACAUAUUGUCUUUUUUUCUUUUUGAGAUGGGCUCACUCUGUCAUCCAGGCUGGGGUGCAGUGGCUAGAUUAUGGCUCACUGCAGCCUGGAUCUCCUGGGCUCAAGCAGUCCUCCUACCUCAGUCUUCUGAGCAGCUGGGACUAUAGGUGUGUGCUGUUACAGUUGGCUAAUGUUUUGAUUUUUUGUAGAAUAAGGGUCUCACUUUGAGUUUGAGACCAGUCUGGGUGACAUAGUGAAACACUGUCUCUACAAAAAAUAAAAAUAAAAAAUCAGCUGGGCAUGUGGGGCAUUCCUGUGGUCCCAACUACUCAGGUGGUUGAGGUGGAAGCAUCACCUGAGCCCAGGGAGGUGAGGCUGCAACGAGCCAUGAUAGUGCUGCUGCACUCCAAGCCUGGGUGACAGAGUGAGACCCUGUGUCAAAAAAAAAAAAGUUUGGAAAUCAGGAGGACAAAGCAGAGAUGGAGAGGGUCAACUGAUUUUAGGUAGCCAAGGCAGGCAAGGGUAAACAAAAAGAGCAAGAAAAAAGCAAGAACAAUUCUGGGGCACUAAUGGUGCCCCAUUGGAAGCAGUCCUGUGCUUACAGGUAACAGAAGCAGUGAGCUAGGGAGAGACAGUGAUAUAUGUACAUUUGUUUAUUGAUUAUAUAUGUCUUACAGUACAAUCAUAUUGUUUAUAUUAUAAAACGUAGAAUUUUUCAAAGGCUAAGACAAACAUAAAUUGUAGUUUUACUGUUUAUUUAAUAAUUCAGCAGUGGCUGAAUUAUUAACACAGUUCUGGAGAGCUGGAGCUGAAGGUAUAUUCUCAUAGAAAUGACCGUGAUGCUCAUAGGAUUGUAAUAUGGUCAUUUAGUUGUUUAACACAUGCAUUUGUGUAAUAUUUUAUGUGUUGUUUUACACAGCAUUUCAAAAGGUUUGAACUACCUAACCAUUAUGGCACCAGGAAACCUCUGGCAUAUGAGAAAUAACUUUCUCUUUGGUUCAAGAUGUUGGAUGACCCGAUUUUCAGCAGAAAUCAUCUUCAAAUCAGUUUCAUUUAGGCUUUUUGGUGUGAAGUGUCAUAAUGCAGACAGUGAGCCUUUGAAAAAUGAGGACCUACUGAAAAACUUACUUACUAUGGGAGUAGAUAUUGACAUGGCAAGGAAACGACAGCCUGGAGUUUUUCAUAGGAUGAUUACCAAUGAGCAGGACCUGAAGAUGUUCCUUCUUUCCAAAGGAGCUAGCAAAGAAGUGAUCGCUAGCAUCAUAUCAAGAUAUCCACGAGCAAUAACACGUACUCCCGAGAAUCUUUCAAAACGGUGGGAUCUGUGGAGAAAGAUUGUGACAUCAGACCUUGAAAUUGUAAAUAUUUUGGAACGUUCUCCUGAAUCCUUUUUUCGGUCCAAUAACAACCUAAACUUAGAGAAUAAUAUAAAGUUCCUCUACUCAGUUGGAUUGACCCGUAAAUGCCUUUGUCGAUUGUUGACCAAUGCCCCUCGUACCUUCUCCAAUAGUCUUGAUCUGAAUAAACAGAUGGUUGAAUUUUUGCAGGCAGCCGGUUUGUCACUGGGUCACAGUGAUCCCACAGAUUUUGUCAGAAAGAUAAUUUUUAAAAACCCUUUUAUCUUAAUUCAGAGCACCAAGCGGGUGAAAGCUAACAUUGAAUUCUUACAGUCAACUUUCAAUUUGAACAGUGAGGAACUGCUGGUUCUGAUAUGUGGUCCAGGAGCUGAAAUCCUAGACCUUUCCAAUGACUAUGCCAGAAGAAGCUACGCAAACAUCAAAGAGAAGCUGUUUUCUCUUGGAUGUACUGAAGAAGAGGUACAGAAGUUUGUCUUAAGCUAUCCAGAUGUGAUCUUCUUGGCAGAGAAAAAGUUUAAUGAUAAAAUAGACUGCCUCAUGGAAGAAAACAUUAGCAUUUCACAAAUAAUUGAAAAUCCUCGGGUUCUGGAUUCAAGCAUAAGUACUUUAAAAAGUCGAAUCAAAGAAUUGGUAAAUGCUGGCUGUAACUUGAGUACUUUAAACAUCACUCUUCUAUCUUGGAGUAAAAAAAGAUAUGAAGCUAAAUUGAAAAAGUUAAGCAGAUUUGCCUAAGGCUGCCAAUGUUUUUAAUUCUCAGGAACUGUGAAUAUGUUAUGCCACAUUGCAAAAGAAUUUUGCAGAAGUGAUUAAUUUAAAAUGUUAUUACGGGCCUUGAGAUGGGGAGAUUAUCCUGAAUUACUUGGGAGGGCCUAAUAUAAUUGUAGGGAUCUUUAAAAGUUGAAGAGGGAGGCAAAAGAGGAGGUCAGAGUGAUCCUGUAUAAGAAAGACAACUACUUUUGAAGGAAGUUAAAAGGUGGCUUUGAAGGAGGAAGACACCUUGAGGAAUGAAGGGGGCCUGUAAAAAAAAAUUGAAAAGGCAAGGAAACAGAUUCUCCAUUAGAGUCCCCAGAAAGGAAUGCAGCCUUGCUGGCACCUUUUUAGCCCAGUGAGAUCAAUGUCAAACUUCUGACCCACAGAACCAUAAGAUGGUAAAUUUGUGUUGUUUUAAACCACUGAGUCAGUGAUAAUUUGCUGAAGAAGCAAAUAGAUUAACACAGCAACUAAGUAGAUGAUUAGUUGCAUUAUAGGUGAAGUCAAAAAUACAGUCCUUUAGUAAAGUCUGUAUUUCUUCCUUUUAUAAGAGUAAUUAUAUUUAAAAAAUCUACCUACCCUUCUGGAAUUGCUAAUGUUAGUGUUUAUAAAGUCUUAAAUGUGUGCAUAAAAAACUAAAUGUGAAUAUAAAAUCUAAAUAAAGGAAUAUGUUUGCCUAA